AUGGCCAGACUGAUUAAUAUAAAUUUUCUCGAUUGCCCUUAUUCAAAAGAGCCGACAGCGGUGAAAUUAGAUACAUCGAUGACACUCGAGAAAAUCCGUGAGAAGCUCUCUCAACGUAACAAAAAUGGCAAAUCCAUCAUGAAGUCCGAUAUGUACUUUUGUAACAAAGAACGCCAGCAUUUGAUACAAGAGAGCGAAGAAGCAAAUAUUUGUCUUCACGAGAUAAUCGGUGAUAACAAUAAUCUCUUCAUUAAGCGAAGUGAGAAACCCGAAAUGGCCACUAUUCCAGAUCAUAUAAUCGAGGAUUUUGGGUUAUUACUAUGUCAUGGUUUACUGUUUGAUCAACGCGGCUUGCGUCUUGCAAAUAAAUGUGCGAUUCAAGCAAAUUUGUCCAUCGAAGUAUCAUCAAAGACAGAACCCUCUGUACAGCUUAUAAGCACUCACAGAGUGCGGGAUACCUAUAUGUAUGCAAAUAACCUUACACUUGUUGAAGAUGACCCUUUCUUUAAUCUCUCGGAACCAUUUUCUCAUUUUAAAGAAAACAAUCCUUUGUAUGAUGUGACGGCCGACAGGGCGGUCAUCUUCCGAAUAGAUAAAGAACUAUGGAACAUCAAUCUUAAACGCAAAGACGUCAAACCGACUGAUGAAUUUGUUGAAGCAAUAAAGCAAGCGAUUGAGCAUAAUGCAACGCAUGCAAAAUUGGACGCUGUAUUUUCCGAGUACGGAUAUUGGAUGAAUUGCAAAAUUACGGUGGGCAGCAGGUUACAACGCUUUUCUCAAUUCUGUUCUGAAAUUGGACAAGACGAUUAUCCAAAAGGCGUUGAAUUACAUCAAACAGAAUGGAUAGACUAUUUAGACGACGAAAUCCUCAACAAAUGGUCAAAGAGAAUACAUCCACUUGAGAGCGACUACUUAUUUUCCGCAGACGAUUCUUUAAUAAAAGUCGAGGAAAUCAGCGAAUGGAUAAAAUACAGUCCGAGAACGCCUCGCCAAUGGAGCAUAAUUGAACGCGCUGACUUUGUUCCAACUUAUAAAUUUCUAAAUGAAUCUUUAAUUGCCAAGGUCGAAAUGUUAUUUAGUGACGAAACAGAAAUACUCAUGACUGGAGAAUCACCAGUUGAUCCUCGUUGUGCCGAUCUUUGUCAAGUCAAUUUCUCUCAACCACUAUUGAGCGAUGUAUAUAAAAUUGAUGUGGAAGUCUACCGCAAUGGGGAAAGAUGUAAUGUAGCUGUAACACUAUAUUUUGCCAGCAUUUAUGGAUUUUCUCUUGAAAUUGAAUGGGAUGAGUUUCUCAAAGAAGUUGAAGGUAUUUAUAUCAAAUGGAAGUUGUCAGGCAAUCGUGCUAAGAUUGGUUACUCUGAUGAUGCAACAUUUCAACUUGAUAAAUUAAAUGCUAGUUACAUUUGGCAUGAGAUAAUUAAGACAGUGAAGUGGAAGAAAAUGUUAUGGAUAACUCACAGCCUACAUAUACAGUCUAGGGAUAGAAGUAUAUUAAUAUUCUGGUUGACAACCAAGUUGAGUGAGGAGCCAAUGACAGAUGAGGAAGUUGUAAGCAGUGAAGAAGCUCAAUAA